AUGCUGGCUUGGCUUGGUGGAUCGAAGCGCAGGAGGUGGCACUCCAACAAACCCAGGAAGAAAGUCGCCACGAACAACAGUAGCAACAAGAAAGGUAGCGGCGACAACAGCGUCAAGCACCCUGCUGCAGCCUGCGACAACGCGGGCAGCAGCCGAAGCGGAGCCCCGUCCUUCAACCUCAUCAGAAUGGAACUUGGGUCAAAACCAAACUCCUAUAAUCCGGAUAAUCAACGACAACUUUCCAACAACUUCACAACGAACCGGGCCCAGAUCGCAUCGCUGGACAUGUUCGCGCUGGCCGCUCCGGGCGGCACUUCCGCGGCGAAUUCAGUUUGCAAUCCUCACAUCCAGUCGCACAUGACCCUGUUACUAGACUACCAUCAUCAGCAGCAGCGGAAGCAGCAUUCUUUGAAACAGCAAAGCAACGACAGGCUAGAACGCGAGGAGCAGCUGCUGGGUCCAGCCUCAAGCGCCGCCACUACUGCCGGCGCCACUCGUGCCAGAGUGCUCCGGUAUCUAGAGUCCGUGCUGUCGGAGGGGGAGGCAUGGCGGGCGGCGCUGGGCCUUAUGGAUUUGCAGGUGGCGGCAGCUGCAGGUGCAGCUCCUGGGGCACGGCCCCCGAGUGCUCCAGGGGGGACGGGAGCGGGAGCGGGAGCGGGGGUUCCUGCUGGUGAUGGUGGGCGCAAGCUGGCUCGCCUAGCCGUGGAGAUUUUCGAUUUGCAACGAGAGGAGGACAAGUACGCGCCGGCUCGGCAAGCAGCGCUGUCCAUCCUCUCCACCCUGUUGGUGCUGGAGGCGGGGCUGUUGGCGGAGAUAUCGGUGGCUUUGGAAACGCCGCCCCGCCGGCACCAGUUGCGGCCUGGGAGGUUUACUCGGACCUCUGGCGCGCCUUGCUGCUACAGCCAGCUGGCGGAGGUAGUGGUGGCGGUGGCGGCGGCGGCGGACCUGGACAGGAAGUACGGCACCGCAAUCAAGCGUCGCCUCCGUACCGCCGUGUACGACGCGAUGAUAGUUGCCGUACUGGACGCGAUGCGGAACUUGGAUCUGAGCUACAGCCUGCCUGCAGGUCACGGGAACGCCGCUGCCACCGCUACUACUACAGCCGCCGCCGCCGCUGGUGAUGAGGAGGGGUCUGGCGCUGGCGGCGCUGCCGUGGACAUGUACGGCGCCAUCGUGGCGCACAACCCCCGCGACAUGAUGUCGUACUUUUACCUCAAAUCCUCCCCCGCCGCCACCGCCACCACCAACAACAACCUCCCCGACACCACAACGGCCCCAUGUUGUACGACGGCAGCUUUCCUGCAGGACCUCCUCCCCGCAUGCGGCUCUGUCCUCUUCGCCCGCUGGGCCCUGGCAUUGGCGGAGGCGCUGGCGGCCCUGGUUUCGGAGCGCCCCUUGCUUAGCGCGUCGUACAGCCUAGCCGCGGUGGCCAUGGAGCUAGCGGAAAGAGGAGGGCUGCUGGCGCCGCAGCUGACAGUGGCUGCGUCCACCGCGGCACCCGGCGCUGCCGCGGCGGCGGCGGCGGCGGCGGCGACGGCGGACAUUUUCCGGGGUCUGUUGGCUCGCGUCGCAACGUCUUGCCCGCAAUACAAGGCACGGCGGCGGCCGCGGUGGCGGGACGGGGGAACGGACGAGCUGUUGGUCUCUUGUCUGGGACUGCUGCUGGCGGCGCCGCCGCACCUGCUGGCGGCCGCGGCGGCGGCGGCGCCUGGGACGCGGCGGAUGGGAUACGACACCGCCACGAUUGCCACGAGUACGGCGGGAGCGGCGGCGGGGCUUGCGGUGCCGCUGACGCUGGCGCUGCCGCUGGGUCUGUCGUACAUGCCAGUGGCCGAGGCGGCGGUGACGGCGCUUGAGCGUUGGGAGGUUCAGCAGCCGGCGGCGCUGAAGGCCGCCAUGCCGUACUUUGUUCCGCUGCUGGAGCCGUACCUUGCGGAUCAGCAGGUCCUGCAAUCUGAUGAGGCCGUCGCAGCCACCGCCGCCACCGGCGUUGGACCGCCCUCCAUUCGGACCCGUACGGCCAAGGCAAGGCGGCGGCAGCGGGAGACCGCCGCCGCCGCCGCCGCCGCUGGUCCCGACGCAGCUGCCCAGCUUCAGGCCUUACAAGCCCGUCUGCAGCUGUGGUUAGGCCGUAACCCGACCGCAAUGCCGUACCUCGCCGCCGUCGACCUCACGGUGUUGCUGGCGGCGGCGCCGUCAGGGGGCGCCGCCGCCGCUAUCGGACCCGCAGCUGCACGGCUGCUGCAACACUUGCCUUGGGACGAGGACUCGACAAAGAUAGCGCUUGACGUGGCGGUGGCGGUGGCGGCGGCGGAGCCGCCGCCGACGCUGCCGCUGUCGUCGGUGGCAGCGUCAGCGUCGGCCGCAGGCCCCACGGCAAGUGCACGUGUUCGUUUGUAUGUGGAUCCGCUGCUGCCCCACGCCGCGCGGUUGGCGGAGGAGAGUCCCGAUCCGCAGGUCCGUACGGCAGCGGCGGAGCUGUUGCAUGCGGCGGCGUUGUGGGUGGUGGGCGCCAACGCGGCGCUGCCGGAGGUGCUGCUCCAGGGGGGAGGGGGAGUCAGCGGCGGCAGCGGCGCAGCCCGCGGCGGGAGCGGGUAUGACGGAAAGCCGGGGAACGAAUGGGCAUUUCGCAUGGGUCGUCGCCAAACUCAUUUUCACGGGUUACUGCGGCGGCUGUUCCCUGCCGUCCUACGACUGGGUGCGAGUCACGAGCCCCUGGCCCGGGACCUGUUUAGGCAACUAGCCUUUCAACUGGUGCAUUGGUAUACCAGGGGCGCUCGACGCGAGGGCGCAGAGGCUAUGGCGCUGCUGGACGCGGUGCUGAUGGGGCUGUCCACCUCCGGGCCAGUGGCCAAUGCUGAGUAUGGCGUCGUCAGCGGCGGCGGCGGCGGCGGCGGCGGCGGCGGCAGCUCCCUCCGGGACUUGUGCGCAUCGCUUUGUGCGGAGUGGCUGGUUUGGGCUCAGAGACAAAACAUCUCCCCGCUCCCAGGAGCAGAGGGAGGAGGGGGAGCGACAGCAGAUGCCGACGCCGCCGUCAGCGUCAACGCGACGUCGCUGCUUCGUCGUCUCAUGGACCGUUUGGCGCAGCCGUCACCGGACGUACGGCAGGGCGCUGCAGCUGCGUUUGCGGCGCUUGCUCGUCCACUGAGCCGUCCGUACAAUAUUUCGUUAGCAAACGGUUACCUCUUAGAGGCGCUAUGGCUGUGCAUCCGGGGACUGAGGCAUCCAUUGGCUGACGAACCUGGCUCCGGAACCCUCGCUACAGCCGGAUUUCAGUCCAGCCCGUUAACGUCGGGAUCAGAUUCCAGUUCCAGCUCAGGCUCCCUCGGAUACGGCGCGUCGCUCGUACGGGCCAUUACGGCACUCGUACAUCACUGCCUGACGCGGCAGCUGGCCCAGCAGCUCUGCCUGCCGGUGGCCGUGUCCUGCGGCGGCGGCGGCGGCGGUGCGUAUUAUGGCGCUUACGGCGAGGGCGGUGGUGGCGAGGUGGAGGAGGACGACGGCGGCAGCGAGCUCGAGGAGGAUUACGAUGAGCACGCGGGAGGCGGCGGCGACGGCGGCGGCGGUGGGGUGGCGACGGCAACACGUCGUCAGAAGGCCCCUUGCUUCGCAACGUUGCCAGCGCUUGUGCUAUGGCUUUGGCAAGGGACCGGGGGCCUGGCCGCCUCGGACAGCUCCGCCGCCGCACGGAGGGAGAGCAUGCGGCUACACGCUCGCCUUGCUGGCGCGGUACUUGAGGUACGGGGAGUACGGCAGCAGCAGCAGCAGCCGGGUGUUGGUGGGGCUGGCAACGACCCGGGGGUUGUCAGUGACAUGAUGGAGCUGGAGGAGGAGGAGGAGGGUCGUGACGCUGGCGACACCUCCAGGGAAAGGCCGCCGCCGCCGCCGCCACUGGGCUACAGCGGCCGCUGGCUAGAGUGGCGCUGUGCGCAUCGUGGGUACGACAAGCUUGAUGUGCUGGCGCGGUUCGUACUUACGCUGCCGGCCCCGAAAAGAGGCAUCGGCGGCGAUGGCGGCGAUGACAGCGGAGCAGCCAUGGAGACGGAGGAUGUUGCGGCGUCUGCAGGCGGCGGCGGCGGCGGUGCCGCCGCCGCCGAUCUAGCAGUCCCGACGUGGACCUUAUGGCUGCGUUCGCUUCAGGCUGCUCUGGAAUGGACCACUUGGGCCUUGGACCAGGGGAUGUUGAAGCUGCGCGACCUACCGGACCUAGUGGAAAAGGCGCGAGGUAGAGCCCGGGCCCGAGCCGCCGCCGCCGCCACCGCCGCCGCCACCGCCGCCGCGGCUGCGGAAGCGCUGCCGGAUACGCUGACAGAGUUCCUGUGCCUACUGCCGCCGGUGGAGGAAGGUAUCCGUGUCGGCGAAGGAAGCGGUGCCGCCGCCGCCACCACCACUAGUAGCAGCGGCGGCUUGCCGCCGGGCUGUCGUACCGCCACGCGCGACGUGUGCCUGGCGCUACUGCGGCUGAUGCGGCAGCUGGCGGACCUAGAAAUGGACGAGCAACAGCGGAGGCGGAGGCAAUGCCGGCGGUGGCGGAAGCGUCAGCGGGAGGGGGAGAACGACAACGAUGACAUGGCGUCAGCGGCGUCGGAUGUGUACGACACGGAGGAUGACGGAGCGUUGCACGACAGCGGUGCGCUGCUUCCCUGGAGCGACAAAGAUGCUGUCAACGUGGCCCUCGCGGCGGCUCUGGCGCCCCACCUGUUGGGACUGCAACCCUCAGACGGUGACUUUGGGACGUCUGAGAAGAAAAGGGCCCUCUUUUUGCUCUGA